UAUGUAGGACAAGGCCAAGAUGGUAUUGGAGCUGUCAAGUUUGAGUACGUAACUGGUUCCAACGUAACCACUUUGGAACAUGGAAAGCCAACAUUGCUUGGAUAUGAGGAGUUUGCGCUUGAAUCAGGUGAAUACAUCACAUCCGUGGAAGGAACCUACGACAAAAUCUUUGGGACUGACAGUGAUGUAAUAACGAUGCUCAUUUUCAAGACUAGCAAGAACAGAACAUCUGACCCGUUUGGGCUUGAAGGAAGCACAAGGUUUGUAUUGAAGGAGGAAGGUUACAAGAUUACCGGGUUCCAUGGACGUGCUUCUGAUUCUACUGCAGAUUCUGGUGCUGAUAUUCAUGCUAUUGGAGUUUAUAUAGCUCCACUAGGCACCAUCCCCUUGGAUCCUGCUCAACCAUCCAAGAAGCUUGAUGCACUUGGUGGUGAUGGAGGAACUUCAUGGAAUGAUGGUGUUUUCGAUGGUGUAAGAAAAGUGUCCGUAGGACAAGCCCAAGAUGGUGUUGGAGCGGUCAAGUUUGUGUAUGGCAAAGGAGCUGAGGUUGUAGUAGGAGAUGAGCAUGGAGCAAGUACAUUGCUUGGAUUCGAAGAGUUUGAGCUUGACUAUCCAAGUGAAUACAUCACGGCUGUUGAUGGAACCUAUGAUAAAAUCUUUGGGAGUGAAACCACAAUCAUAACCAUGCUUAGGUUCAAGACUAAUAAGCAAACGUAUGGUCCCUUUGGGCUUGAAGCUGGCACAGCCUUCGUAGUCAAAGAGGAAGGUUACAAGAUCGUUGGGUUCCAUGGAACCGCCGGUACUGUUCAUAGUCCGAUCUGGGUUUUUCCAGAAUCGGUGUCGGUCGACACUCUGGUGUUGGUCGACACCAGAAGGCUUGUGUCGGUCGACAUCAAGGUGUCGGUCGACACAGACCGGUUAACUCUGUGUGCUCAUUUCGGUUCCAUGAGUGAGAUGGACGGAGUAGCUAGAGGUGUGGCGCGAGAGGGCGCGGUGCUCGAGCCGUGGUGGCAGAGCUAG